AUGGGCGGGGUGAGCUCUGCAUCUCUAUUGCCACAGUGACUUCAGCUUCCAUUCAUUGCGGCCGGUUCCGGCCCAGACUUCUUGUUCCCUCCCCGUUUUCCACUCAUUCUCCCUCCUCCCAGUGACGCAUCGGAGUGAGAUCGGUUCAGUUCCCAUGAGAAGGGGAAAACAACGAGCAGUGCAGACAGACAGAUAACAACAUCGCCACUGACAUUGCUAUCUGGGACUCGGCGUCGCUGUGCAGCCCGGAUCCUAGAAGCAAUGGAGGAACUCCAAGAUGUUCAACUGACUGAGAUCAAGCCACUCCUAACAGAUGGGAAUUCUGCAAGGAACUUCCAGGAUUUCGAUUGCCAGGAACAUGACAUCGAAACUCCGCACGGUGUAUUGCAUGUGACCAUGCGAGGCACUCCAAAGGGGAACAGACCUGUCAUCUUGACCUAUCACGACAUAGGCCUCAACCACAAAUCUUGCUUCAAUACAUUGUUUAACUAUGAAGACAUGCAGGAAAUCACACAGCACUUCGCUGUGUGCCAUGUGGAUGCCCCUGGACACCAAGAAGGAGCUCCACCGUACCCAGCAGGGUACCAGUACCCAACUAUGGAUGAGUUGGCUGAGAUGCUGCUCACAGUUUUAACCCAUUUAAAUAUACAGAAUGUGAUUGGAAUUGGAGUUGGGGCUGGUGCUUACAUCCUAACCAAAUUCGCACUGAAUCACCAAAAUCUUGUUGAGGGACUGGUCCUUAUCAACAUUGACCCGUGUGCUAAGGGCUGGAUGGACUGGGCUGCAUCAAAGCUUUCAGGAUGGACUACGAAUCUGGAUGAUAUUGUACUGGCUCAUCACUUCAGUAGCGAGGAACUGGAAACAAACUUGGAAUUGAUCCAGACCUACCGGCUGCAUAUUUCCCAGGACAUCAACCAGGAGAACCUUCACCUCUUUGUCAACUCAUACAACAGUCGUCGAGAUCUGGAGAUUGAACGACCCAUCCUUGGUGUCAAUGAAACAACUGUUAAAACUCUUCAGUGUCCUGCUUUGCUGGUUGUUGGUGAUACGUCUCCUGCAGUGGAGGCAGUGGUGGAGUGUAAUUCUAGGCUAAACCCAACCAACACAACACUGCUCAAGAUGGCUGAUUGUGGAGGACUUCCGCAGGUUGUUCAACCUGGCAAGCUGACUGAAGCCUUCAAGUACUUUCUGCAGGGAAUGGGUUACAUCCCUUCCGUCCAGCUCAGCCACCUGCACAGUGAAACAGUGCCAGCAGUCAGCAUGACCAGGCUAUCCCGGGCUCGCACCACCUCUACCUCCAGCGUGGGAUCCGGAGAGGCCGCCCGCAGCCAGCUGCCUGCCAACAGCCAGGCCGAUGCCACGGGGAGCAGUGACCCAGUCCAAGGCAGGUCCCCGACCCUGGAGGUUUCCUGUUGAAGCAGCAACUUGAGCCGUUAACUUAUUACGUCGUUUCGUUUCUUUCCCCUCCGAUUCAAGAGGUCGUCAAUUUGGCUGAGUCGCAGCCUCGAGUGAAAGCCCAGCCACAGAGACCCAGUUUCCUUUUACAGUCGUGUCUUUAUAGUGCAUGCCUGACUCAGUGUUUGCUCUCACACUGCAGUUGAUUUCAUUUCUUUGGAAUAUUCAUGUUUUAACCAGUGGUACCGAAUACAGCGUGUUACAUCCCCGAAUUCCCUGUGUGGUUAACCGAAGAAGCCGUUCGCGUCUUCCCUGGAUUUAAAGGGGCAUUGCCAGAGGUUUCCUCCAUUUCCCACCCCCACACCCGCACUUCCCAGCUGACCCACGCCCAUUCCUGGUCAGGAGCAACGGAUAGAAACCAAGUUACGACAGAUGCGCAGGGGGCUGGACGUCUGAAAAUAAAAACAAAACGCGAUGGGACCAGGUCAGAUCGCAUCUGCAGCGAGAGGGACGAGUUAACAAUUAAAAGCAAUGACCCUGUGUCCAGAGAUAAUGGGAACUGCAGAUGCUGGAGAAGCUGAGAUAACACGGUGUGGGGCUGGAUGAACACAGCAGGUCAAGCAGCAUCAAAAGACCAGGAAGGCUGACCUUUGGGGUCUAGACCCUUCUUCAGAAAUGGGGGAGGAGAAGGGUCUAGACCCGAAGUGUCAGCUUUUAUGCUCCUAGGAUGCUGCUGUGUUCAUCCAGCUCCACACUUUGUUAUCUCGGACCCUGUGCCCAAACAGUUUGUGGACCUUGAAAAUAUUUGUUCGUUCUCUCUCCACAGCUGCCAGACCUGCUGAGUAUCUACAGCAUUUUUUUUUAAGGUUCAACAAAAAGCCUUUGUGUUUUUAACUCUGCCGUUAGACAUUGUUAUUUAGUUGAGAUUAUUUUUCUAGCUUUUCUGCAGGUUCUUCACCUGCAUGUCAGUUAGCUCAUUUGAAUGGAUGGCUGGUUCGCAAUACACUGGAUGAGAACUCUCCUCAAUAUCUCCCCUCAACAGAAAUUGGUAACCCUCAGGUUAAGUACCACCAAUUGUCUCUCUGUCUAAUGAGAGAGCAGCCCUUUGGUAUGGCAAGACUGUGACAACGUUACCCAACCAUUCUAGCCCGGAAGCUUAUGAAUUUGGAUUCUGAGCCAUGUUUGACUCUGUAACCUAAAAUGACAAUGCAGUGCAGAAUCCCAAGCAACUUCAACAUUGUGAAGAGGCGUGGGUCCUGUCAAGGUUAUUAAAGACGCCAUUGGCAAUAUUCUGAUGUUCCUGCCCCCCCCCCCACCCCUUGCAGGCAACACCAAUAGAUAUGGCAGAUUAAUUGGCUGCCCAUCUCAUUCUGUUCAUGGAGAUCUCUUUGUUGCAAAGUGGUAACUAGAAAUGCCACUAAUGCACUUCAGCAUCCAAGUUAUUAUCAGUCAUCGCAGGUACAAAUUUAGAAGCUCCAACAAGUAACACCCUAUAGUUUACUCAGCAUUAGCGGGUCAGGCAGCUAAUAGGAAUGUAGCAGAUUGCAAACCCAUCUCCACAUUUAGAGCUAUAUAUAUAAAACUGUGAAUGAGUCCCUCACAGUACCUUGCUUAUUUCUGCCCGUUUGUUUGGUGCAGCUCCCUGUGUUAACUCAGCAAAGCUUACGAAUACAGCCUGGACUCUGUUUGGUGUCAUGGUGGGAUACUGCUGACAGGAAUGAUUUUGGACUAUUCUUGGGUUUUUCCCUUAGCCCUAUGUAUUCCCUCCCAAUUGCGAAAGCCCGUUUAAAUAGUAACUUUGUUUUAUUUUCCCCUCUGCUUCCCCCUGCACCAUCCCCGGCUUUCUAUGUUAAAGAUAAUGAGGUUGGUUUUGUUUGUUGUCAUUGUCUUGUUUACUGCUUACUGUAAAAUCACAACUGCACCGGCUGCAAGUCAAGCCCACACCCCAUGUGAUUAGUGUCUGGAUUCAUCAUCUCCUGUGUGGCUUCUCUUUUGUGUUUGUUUUUCAUACGGCUAAGGCACUAGCUUGAAAAGUAAUUUUCAGAAGUUUAAAAACUACAGGCACCAAAGCUAGUUGUGUAAGCUUGUAGUGUCUGUGUGCAGGUUUGUUGUAAUAAAUUGCAGGCAUUUGACACAAUAACUGUCCUUAAAAGUUCUAGAGGUGAACAAAAUGGUGACUUUGAAAUAAAGACAGAGCUCUGGCUAGAAUUGA